AUGGGAGCUCUGGCGAAUUCAACUGAGGUUACUCCUCCUCCUCUCGAAUCAACCUCAGAAAAUGUCGAAGCCUUGCUAGAGGCUGCUAGAUAUGAUGACUUGGAUGAUUUGAAAAGCUUAGCAUCUGCUGGUACUUCUCUUGAUGCUAAGGAUUCACAGGGCCGAACGGCCCUUCACAUGGCUUCGGCUAAUGGUCAUCUUGAAAUAGUGGAGUAUCUUGUUAGUCAUGGAGUGGAUGUAAAUGCUGCAAAUACUGAAAAUAAUACUCCUCUUCAUUGGGCAUGCCUUAAUGGGCACGUUGAGGUUGUGAAGUUUUUAAUUCUAGCUGGAGCCAAUGUCGCAGUUCUAAACAGUCAUGAGAACACACCAGUGGAUGAAGCAUUGCAUCAAAGGAAGAUGGAUGUUCUUGAUGCUGUCAACGAGGCUAUGGCCCAAGUUGAACUCAGAGCUACUCAGAUGGUAGAAGAACCUUAUGUUAUGCAGAAUUUUCAGAUGGUAGAAGAACCUAUGCAGAAUUUGGUGAGAAACUUGAUUUGCCCCACUUUCGUCGCAUUUUUGCAAGACAAAUGA